AUGUUUCCAACACCGCUGCUCAUAGCAUUUAAUAAAUACCCUAACCCUAACCCUAACCCAAAGGAGAUCGUAGUGACACAUCAUGAGAUGGGGGAGACGGAGGACAAGGAGGACGUGGCGGACGCGGAGGACAUAGAGGACAUAGAGGACAGGGAAGAAACGGAAGAGAUGGAGGGCAUGGAGGACAUGGAUGUGACGGAGUGA